UUGAAAUCACCAAGGAAGUCGUUUUUAAGGCGCCAAUUUUGUGUCGUCGCUGAGAGGUUUCUCUGUCUUUGUAUGUUUGGAACUAGUGAAGCGCAGCAAUGUCUGAAAACACCUUCCCCAUCUACACUGCCGACGCGAUAGUGAAUUUCUACCGAACCGAAGUCCUCACCGGUCAAGAGGCCAAACACUUCACGAAGAGCGACUUGACUCCGUCCCCGAAGGCUGAGGCGGUUCAGACGCUGUACAUGAGGGUGUUGCAUAUGCUGUAUCGGUUCAGGCCCGAGUGUCACUCCAUGGUUCCACUUAUGGAGAACAUUCAGAACCCCGUGUACCAUGAGGGCACCACUGCUAUCACCAGUGUCUACAUACGCAUGCAGCAGUUUCUGCCGAUGUGUUUGGUGUACGAUUUUUCACUGAACGACCUUCUAGCUCCAAAAAAACAGAAGACUCUGACUGUUCUGAGCGCCAUCAUGAACUUCCUUCACUUCAGGAAGCAGAGGAUGGACAUGAUCUUCGAGAAGCAGACCAGAUUUAGGGCGGACAUGGACCGGCUGCAGACUUACUCCGGAGGCAUCUUGGAAGCGGAGAAGAAGAUCGAGAUGCUGACGACCAUCCCGCCGGAGCAGCAGGCCGAGGCCGACGAGCUGGCAGCCGCUCUCUCCGAGCUGCAGGCCACCAACAUCCACGAGUACCAGGAAGUGGAGGCAAAGAACGAAAGCAUCGCCGAGUGGAAAGCCAAAAUCGCGGAGACGACCCAGAAACUGGCCCAGGUGAAGGUGGACGUCUGCAGCCUGAAGGAAGACAUCGGCAAACUGCGCUCUCAGAUCGUGGAGUCUCCAGAGGAGCUGAAGGCUCAGAUGGAGAAGAUGAGGGAGAACGUCAAAAACAUAAAGAACAACAUCAAAGAGACGGACGAGCGCAUGGUGGAGAUACAGAACAGCGUGCAGAGUGUGACCCAGAAUGAGGCUGAGAUCCAGCACAUGUACAACCUGCUGCAGGACCUGGAGAGCAGCAUGAACAACACCAAGCAGCGGGUGGAGGAGCACAAGGAGCUCACCGCUCAGUACGAGAAGAAGCAGAAGGAGCUGAGGAACCUGUGCGUGGAGGGGGGCCAGCUGAAGCGAGCGCUGGGCAUGAAGCUGGACAAAGAGUCCAAGCAGAACAUCCGCAGGCAGAAGAAGAGAGAGAUGAAGGAGCAGCAUGUUCAGGAAGUGCUGGGGCAGUGCAACCAGAUCCACCAGAAGCGCGAGGAGAUGGCAGAACGCAUCCAGGAGAUCUCUGGAGAGACGCAGCAGCUCAAGGCCAAGAUGCAGAGCCUGAGGGACGUGUGCAGCAAGGAGACAGCCAAAGCUCAGGCCCUGUACGACACGCUGACGGCCUCCAUGGACGAGCUGCACCGGAGGAUCCAGACACACAUCGUGGACCUGAAGCAAGACGUCUCCCAGAUGUCCCGACUUUUAAACCCACCCUUUGACCUUUGACUUCUCUACUUACUCUUCCAACCUUUUGUUGCCUUUCUAACCGUCACUAUUUAAAAUGUUUCAUAUACAGUUGUGUACCAGAUAAUAAAUUUGAACAAAAUAAA